CAGUCUCGUCCACUGCGUCUCGAACUCGGGUACAGAAUUUUGCGCGACGACAAUCCAAUGAACUUGGCACGUCGACAUAACCUUUAAGCCGCGACGACUGUGAUAUAUUUUCGCUCUCUCAAUCUCCUCACGCAAUCAUUCUCGUUAAGCGGUUGAUCGGCACGAGCCACAGACUACAAGCUGUCGCGAUCGCGUCGAGACAUUUUAUUGUCGCUCCAUCCUUUAUUUUGUAGAUUGAUAGAAAUUCCGACACACGUCAAACAGACGUAUGAUAUCUGCUUGCGUGCAUUUGAUUACAUCGCGAAUUUUCAUUCAUUUAUUGCUGCGCGUUAUUCUAUUCUCGUAGUAUUUUACAUAUGCACUACGUGUUUGUCGUAUUGUAUUUGACAAUGUUCAGUUUGAUUCUGUUCUGUAUACUUUUGUUUUCGCGCGACGUUAUAUCGAGAAUACAAUCCGUUUUGUACUUUUGAGUUUACUCGAGACUUAUUAAUAAAUUUCGUCCUUCACGCAACAAAUUUGUGUUUUUAUUUCGCAAACUCACACUCGUACGUAUCACCUUCCGUUUUUCCUUACAUAUCAAUCUUGCACAGUCUUAUAUAUUUAGCAAUGGUGUACUAAGAGAUCAAACAUCAAUUUGUGGAGGACUAAAUAAUUGAGAAAAUUCUUCAAAAAAAUGAAUAAUCAAGCAUUCAGUUUGGCGGAGAGGCUCAUACCUUCAACUUAUGUACAACAAGGUUUAAACGCCAAAAAAUCUCGUGAAAACGUUAUACGACAUUUUAUUGAACAUCGAAAAUGGCCAGAAGAAGGUUGGGACGAUGCAACGAUAGAAGCAUUUCUAUCGGAUCUAUCGCAAAUGGAUAGCAAUAAUUUUCCCUCAAAUUGUAGCGUUGGUGAACGUGAAGCGAGAAUUGUAUCAAAUAUUGUUGCAAGAAGACACUUUCGUAUGGGACAUGGCAUAGGUAGAUCCGGUGAUUUAGAAGAAGUACAACCCAAAGCUGCUGGUAGCAGUUUAAUGUAUAAAUUAACAAAUUCUUUAGUGCUUGAAGUUAUACGAUAUAUGGGAGUGAAGAGUAUAGCAGGUUGCUUUCUAUCGCCAAUGGCUACAGGAAUGAGCCUAGUUUUAUGUAUGCUAACGCUUAAGCAAGACAGACCACGAGCGAAAUAUGUUUUAUGGCCUAGAAUUGAUCAAAAAUCUAGCUUCAAAUCGAUAAUCACAGCUGGUUUAGAACCUAUCGUUAUUGAAAUGCAAAUAAUAGGAGACGAAUUGAAAACCGACAUGCAAAGACUCGAGGCUCAAAUGGCGGCUUUAGGCGAAAGUGUCGCUUGUGUACUUACAACAACGAGUUGCUUUGCGCCUAGAGCGUGCGACUCUGUGGAUUCUAUCGCAGCCCUCUGCAGUCAAUAUAAUAUACCGCAUUUAGUAAAUAAUGCAUAUGGCUUGCAGAGUACAAGAUGCAUGCAUCUCAUACAAGAAGCAUCGAGAAAGGGUCGUGUAGAUGCCUUUGUUCAAAGUACAGACAAGAACUUUCUAGUUCCAGUGGGUGGAGCUAUUAUAGGCUCCUUUGAUAAAAAUCUCUUGGAUCGCAUAUCGAAAAUGUAUCCGGGACGUGCGAGUGCGAGUUCCGUUAUGGACGUAAUGAUAACACUGUUGAGUCUUGGAAUGGCAGGAUACAAACAAUUGAUUGCUCAACGUAAGGAAAUGUAUUCUUAUUUGAAAGAAGAAUUGGGAAAAUUAGCAACAAGGCAUGGAGAAAGGCUAUUGGAUACUAAGGGCAAUCCGAUAUCCAUGGCUAUGACUCUUCAAUGUCUAAGUCAUCAACACGACAACAAGCAAGUUACUAUGCUAGGAUCAAUGCUUUUUCUGCGUAAUGUUAGUGGUACUAGAGUAAUAACGACAACAGAUUCUAAGCAUAUUGUUUCACAUAAAUUUGAAGGCUGGGGCGCACACAACAGCAAUUACAGAGUUCCAUAUCUAACUGCUGCAGCAGCAUUAGGUAUGAAGAGAUCUGAUGCGGAUGCAUUUAUACAAAGAUUGGAUAAAGCUUUAACAAAAGUAAGGAGACGCUCAGCGCCAGUAACGCCCACCGCUUCACUCGCCGGUUCCAGCAUCAAUGGAGAUGCAGGUGGUACUGGUGGACCAGGAGAAUCUAGCACAGCCUCAACCAGCCGUGCAAGUAGCAAAGAUAGUUUGAGAAAAUGAACCGUAAUCAACGCAACUGGCCAGUCUAACCAACAUAUUAAUAUCAAUUUGUAAGUAGUUUAUCACUUACAAGUUGGUAUCUAUAGCAUGUUUCUGGGAAAUGUAAUUUGCCACAAAAUUGUUUAUAUGUGCCAAUGUGUUCAUAUAUUGACAAAAGUUAUAUAAGAUCAGAAACAAUACAAAAAUUUGAAACUUUUCAGAAUUUAAAAAUCAUGUAACAUAAAUAUUUCCUAUGUGCAAGGAAAAAAUUCCUCUUUAAACAUGGUAAUCAAACAACAUUAAUUACAAAGUUUGAUGAAACAGUGAUCUAUAUCCAUUUUCAUAGACACAUGCUAGAUACAAUGUGCUGAUUUGUCUGACCAUUUGCGUUGAGAUAUUGUCAAUUUAAACAACACACAUACAUGCACAGACAUGGAACAUACACAUACCGGAAAAAGGUGAAUUGUGUUUCAAAUAUUAAAGAGAGAGAUCAACAAAGUAUUUGAGAAAAAUAAAAAGUAAAAAAAGAAAGAAAGCACACAAAGCAUAUUAGGAUACUUAUGGCUCUAUUUCACAAGAGAUUAAGUGAUAGCGCUGGCCGCCGAUUUAAUAAAAUUAAAGUUAGUAAUGUGUUCUUUGUUGAAAUGUAUAUGCUACUCAUUUAUUAAAAGACGUUUACAUUUAUAAGAAAAUAGGAAAUGCUAAGUUCUUAUAUUUAAUUUUUUUUUCUUUCACCUUCUUGAUAUAGUUUGAUAUAAGACAGAGAACAUGUAUUAACCAAAAUUAAUUGCAUACUCGAGCGCUUUAUAAACUUUUUUUUUUAACGAGCAACUAUAAAACUUACAAUUCCAUCAAUACAUGUAGCAAUAUUCAUAUUAUUUACUAAUUGUUUAUAAUAUUUAUUUAUAAUAUAUUGAAAAUCUUUGAUUGCUCAAAGCAAUUUUUUUACAGAUAUGCUUAAUGGAAUUGAUUUUUCAUUAAUUAAUUUAUAUUAAUUUUUUGUAUUAUAUAUAAUUAAUAAUAAUCUUUAAAUGCAGGGAAUUGCACAUAAAAUAAAUUUUUUUCUCUUUUAUUUAAACAGAGUAUAUUUGUAUUUAUAGCAUUAGUAAUAAAACAUAUUAUCUGUGAAAAAGAGAAAGCUGUGAAAAAGAGAAAGCUGUAGUGAAAUGUUUAUGUGGAAAUUAUACUAUUAUAGGAAAGUAUAUGACAAAAUUUAGGGAUGCAUAGUACACACAAUGGCGCAACAUGAUAUACAAAAAUGUUGCGAAAUUAAAUUUAAAAAUUGUAAUAUCUUCGUAUAUAUAGACAUUGUAUGUUGGUUUAUUCUAAAAACGAUAAGAAUUUGGGACAUAAUAGUAUAUUAUUUUCUUUUCAAUGAAGAUAGAGUGUUAUUUUAAAUUAUAAUGUUGUAUAAUAAAUGGAGUAUAUCUGAGCUAGGAGUAUGUUAUGUGAAUAUAAAUAUUAUUUGAAAUAUUUAGUACAAUUUGCAAACAAAUUGAUGACAUCAAUAUACUACUACACUCCAACUAAUUCACAUUCAUACACAUUUAUACAUACAAAAAAGAUAAUUCAUAUUUACACAAUUUAUUGCAUAUAGGAUAGUUUAUUUAAAGUUUUAUGCAAUUUAGAAAAUUAUAUAUCAAAGUUGCAUUUUUGUGAAUAUUUAAUGAAGAAAUGAAGGAGGAAAAAGAAAUUGAUAGUGAAAUUUUAAAUAUACAUACACACACACAUCCCUCUAUCAAUUUCGUAUCAAUAUUGUUAAAAUUUUUCUAAACAUAUAUCAUUUAUGUGCCUGAUACAUAUUUUCUUUCUUUGAUUGACAUGCAUUGAUCAUUUGUAUUAUAUGAUUAAAAUUUUUAUGAAUUACAUUUUAUGUGUUUAACAGUCUAAAAUUAUUAGUAUCUGAUUGAUAUUUAGAUAACAAUGCAUGAUUCUAAAUUGUCAAAAUUUUCGGAAUAUAUAUUAUCAUUCUGAGCAAAAAAAAAAAGAAGCAGUAAUGCAUACACAGAUUAGCAUUUAAUUAAACACUUAUUGUUAGUUGUAAUAGCUUAUUAGAAUGACAAAUGUUAAUCAGAUUUUGUGAGAGAAGCUCCUAGUAAUGAUUAUCAUUAUUAGUAAGAUACAUUAUCUUACUAAUAAUUAUAGAUUUAUAUUCCUAAAUUAAUUACAUACAUAAUCCCUUAUAAAAAAACACUUUAACAUAUACAUACAUAUAUAUAUAUAUAUAUAUAUAUAUAUAUAUAUAUAUAUAUAUAUAUGCAAGCAUACUUUUUUUUCUAAAAUUUGUUGAUAUUAAUUUGCAAAAUUUUCUAUAUUUUUAUUUAGUUAUCCUUUAUUCAUGGAUUGUGUGUUUAGAUUUAUAUAUAUAUACAUAACUAUACUAUAUUGCAUAUUCCAUUUUUAAGUUAAAUUAAAUAUUUUCUUUCAAUUGUUCAUUUUUAUCUUACAAGAAUGAAUAGUAAAUAUACAGAAGAACUCUAAGAUGUAGUAAAAGAAAUUGCAAGAUUACUGUUAUAAGAUCGUAUAUAUAAUGCUACAAUAGGAAAUAUGUACAUUGACAUUAUAUUAUUUAAUAAAGAAGA